AUGUUCCGGAGCCUGCUGGUGGCGGCGGCGCAGCGGCCGCAGGGCCCGGCCGGGCCCCCCCGCGCCGCCCCCGGGCCCGGGGCCGCGGCCGAGGCGCUGGAGGCGCAGUUCAGCUGCCCCAUCUGCCUCGAGGUUUUCCACCGCGCCGUCGGCAUCGCGGGCUGCGGGCACACGUUUUGUGGGGAAUGCCUGCAGCCCUGCCUGCAGGUGCCCUCCCCGCUGUGCCCGCUCUGCCGCGUGCCCUUCGAUCCCAAAAAGGUGGAGAAGGCUUCCAGCGUGGAGAAGCAGCUCUCGUCCUACAAGGCUCCCUGCAGAGGCUGCAGCAAGAAGGUGACCCUGGCCAAAAUGCGCUCUCACGUCUCGUCCUGCGCCAAGGUGCAGGAGCAGAUGGCCAACUGCCCCAAGUUCGUUCCUGUUGUCCCCACAUCCCAGCCUAUUCCCAGCAACAUUCCCAACCGCUCGACGUUCGUGUGCCCGUACUGCGGGGCGCGGAACCUGGACCAGCAGGAGCUGGUGAAGCACUGCAUGGAGAACCACCGCAACGACCCCAACAAAGUGGUGUGCCCGGUGUGCUCGGCCAUGCCCUGGGGGGAUCCCAGCUACAAGAGUGCCAACUUCCUGCAGCACCUGCUCCACAGGCACAAGUUCUCCUACGACACCUUCGUGGAUUACAACAUCGACGAGGAGGCAGCGUUGCAGGCGGCCCUGGCUCUGUCCCUCUCUGAGAACUGAGGCUGAUCCCUCUCCCUGCCCUGGCUCCUUCUGGACACUCCAGGAACCCUCCGGAGCCCCACUCUGUUCCCACUGCAAUUCCCACCUUGUUUAAGAAGGUGGAGCCUCUUCAGUUGUCACAGUGAGUGAGCAGAGAGCGCUGGAGCAGGGCUGGGAUCAAUCCUUGGAUUGGCAUUUCAUAUCCGUGUUGGGAGCAUAGCCCUGUGUCCAGAUCUAUUUAUUGUUAGAUGCUCUUUGGCACACUCGUCCCUGCUCUCUGUUGCAGCAGAAUAGGAACCUGAAAAUGACAGACUGGAUGCCCAACACCCUCAUUUGGGACUGGAAUCAGCCACGUCCUUUUAAAAAGGAGAGGAAGGCAGCACGGAGCAUCUUUUUUUUAAACUCUCCAAGGAUUUUUCUAGAGAUGUCAGGCUGUCCUGACCCCCGUGCUGGAGGCUGGAGCUGCCUCCUUCACCUGGAUCCCAGGAUGAGACUGAGCAGUGGUUCAGAGGAGCCCUCGAGGAUGGCAUCCAGCAUCCAGGGAAACCUCUCCUUCCUCGUUUUCUACCGGCUCUUGGGACACCAAACCCUUGCCUUUUUCUACACAAAGCGAAGCCUUUUCCACGUUUUCUAGAGCGGGGUCAGAAGCUGUUCCCCUUCACUCUGCAAUAUCUGCCACCCGGGACAAGAGUAUUUUUAUGGAACACGAUGAAGAAAGUUUAUUUUUUACACAGAUAACCCAAACCAAUGAACACGUGGAUUUGGGAACGGGGCAGGAGGCAGGAGCUGGAUCCCAGAGCAGCGCGUCGGACUCUGAGGUGGGGGAAGUGCAGGGAUCUUUCUGGGCCUUUCCUGGAUCUUUCUGGGCCUUUCCUGGAUCUUUCUGGGCCUUUCCUGGAUCUUUCUGGGCCAUUCCUGGAUCUUUCUGGGCCUUUCCUGGAUCUUUCUGGGCCUUUCCUGGAUCUUUUUGGGCCUUUCCUGGAUCUUUCUGGGCCUUUCCCUUCCCUCAGCAGAAUUCCUCUGCCUGUGAGGGAGCGGGCAGGAUGGCUGGGUUGGAUCCAGGUGCUGGUUGCCCAUGGAAUUGCUGCCCAUGCAGGAUCCCAGCCCCGAGCUCCUGCUCCCCCCAGAAAUCAGGGAUUGCAUCUCCCCGUGGUAAUCCCUCCCUGGGAACGGGAUCCAGGGUGCUCCACAGCAUCCUGGUGACCCCUUCCCCCUGCCCCUUCCUCUCAGCCCUGCCUGCUGCUGCUGGAGUUGGCUCUGCAGGGCUGGGAGAGGCUGGGGGGGAGAUGGCACCAGGCACGGGGUGAGCCCUGAGGGAGGGGGUGAUUCCCGAGAGCCUUCCUGCAGGGAUUUGCAGGGAAAGGGUGGGAGAGGCCCCCUCUGCGUCUCCCUGCUCGGAGAAUUCCUGAGCUUUAUCCAAAACCUGGCUCCAGCUCUGCUCUAGCAAUACUGGCUUGGGGUUUAUUUUGGUUUUCCUAGUCCUGGAUGAUUUUGGGAUCGUGCAGGGAGCCCUCAGCUCCCCUGGCAGGGCAGGGAAAGGGCUGGAGCUGCCCCGCUCCCCUUUCUGGAGCCAGGCCAGCCAGGAGGGGUGGGAUCUUCCCUUACCUGCCCGGCAUUGCUGGCACCUGGGGGAUGUCCCUGGUGGGAUGGAGAGCACUGGCAUCUUCCAGGAGGGAGCUGGGAGUGUUUCCCUGUCCUGUGCUCAGCUGGGACCCUCAGCUGCUGGAGCAGCCUCCAUGAGAGCUCCGUGCUGUUGGGCCAGCACUGUUAACCUCGGGCUCCUUCCCUGCCCUCCUCCUUCUCCUCCUCCUUUUUGCCCCACAGAGACAGAGCAGGGGCAGCAAGAGCUGCUUUUGUAAAGCACUUUAAGGCCCUGGCUGUGAGGGGCCACACCAGGCUGUGCCAGGGAUCCCUCUCUGUGCCAGGGAUCCCCCUCUGUGCCAGGGAUCUCUCUGUGCAGGGAUCUCUCUGUGCAGGGAUCUCUCUGUGCCAGGGAUCCCCCUCUGUGCCAGGGAUCCCCCUCUGUGCCAGAGAUCUCUCUGUGCCAGGGAUCUCUCUGUGCCAGGGAUCUCUCUGUGCAGGGAUCUCUCUGUGCAGGGAUCUCUCUGUGCCAGGGAUCUCUCUGUGCCAGGGAUCUCUCUGUGCAGGGAUCUCUCUGUGCAGGGAUCUCUCUGUGCCAGGGAUCUCUCUGUGCAGGGAUCUCUCUGUGCCAGGGAUCCCUCUCUGUGCCAGGGAUCUCUCUGUGCCAGGGAUCUCUCUGUGCAGGGAUCUCUCUGUGCCAGGGAUCCCUCUCUGUGCCAGGGAUCUCUCUGUGCCAGGGAUCUCUCUGUGCAGGGAUCCCUCUCUGUGCCAGGGAUCCUCCCAGUGCCAGGAUCCCACUGGCCGUGCCCACCAGUGCAUCGCCCACCACUUUUUUUGCAUAAUUAGAACUUUUAACGAGCCGUCCUGUUUUUUGAAGAGGAAUUAACUCGAUGACGUAUUUGUAGCAAACCAUUUUUCUCAAUAAAGGCAGUUUCAUCCA